UCUCGAUCGACCGAGUAAGGUCGUAGUUGAAGCCGCUGAUCCCCCGCCAUUAUUGGUGGAGAAAUGACCUUUUCGAUCCGGGAUAAUUCAGCCAAAACUCCGGGGAAAUUAAUCCUUUCACUUAUCCUCGUCCUCUUCCUCUUUCUCUACCCUCUUUCUAUCUCUCUUGUUCUUCUUCUUCUAUCAUCUGCUUUGACUCUCCUACCCCCCUUAUCCGGCAAAUGUCGUCGUGUCGCUUGGUUUCUCUCCCCGGGUCUUUUGCGUUGUUGAUGUGGGUUGAGUUGGUUACUUAUUGGGCUGGUUGACCUACUUCUUCUACAACAACACUGGCAACCCCUCUAUCACUGGCAGCCGCCUAUCGAUAUAAACCCUGCUUGGUCGACUGCUUUUUGCGAUAUCUCUGUCGAUCGGCGGAUACCAUCGGUUGAAUACUGAUAUACUGGACAUCCGCUCAGUGCAAUACCCCGAUAUCUAACAGCGCAUCCACCAACCGUCACCAAACUAUGAAAACGCCGUCGCAUCCAUAGAGAUGAUGCAGACAGCUUUAGCGAUGACCCUGCUUUCCGAAAGCGCCUCUCCCGUUGCCAUCUUCAAAUCGCCUUCCUCGUCCAUGACCCCCUCUUACCCUCCGACUCAUCAACUCCCUCCCGAACCCUCGCAGACGGUGGUCGUCGUGUACAGUCCCGGACGAGAUGCGAUCGUGCAGGUCGUCGCGGAUGUCCUGGGCAAGCCGUGGACCGCAGAAACCUCACUACCGGCCCUAGGGAGAGGCAGCCCCGCCGUCGUCGUGGGGAUCCUGGGCGAUGACUGGAUGCGGAGUGUCCCCGCUGCGGAGAAGACCUCCGACUGGGUCGCGAUCAACACGCACUGCGUAGAUGACGGGUCCUCCCCGGAGGAAGCCCUCACGGACGGCUGCCACUAUGAGUUCUUAUAUUCUCUGCGGAGUCCCUUCUUCCGCCGCGACCUGAC